AUGCUAUGCCAAAUAUCUGAAGCCUGUGUGUCAGCGACAGAGAGCAACGUGGAGAAAUGCAGCAGCAUCUCUGAUGUGAGGUGGUCUGUGGAGCUCCAAAAGGAGCCUAUUCCUCCCUCACCCCUCCUCCCUCCCUCCUCCCUCACCCCUCCUCCCUCACCCCUCCUCCCUCCCUCCUCCCUCACCCCUCCUCCCUCACCCCUCCUCCCUCACCCCUCCUCCCUCCCUCCUCUCUCACCCCUCCUCCCUCCCUCCUCCCUCACCCCUCCUCCCUCACCCCUUCUCCCUCCCUCCUCUCUCACCCCUCCUCCCUCCCUCCUCCCUCACCCCUCCUCCCUCACCCCUCCUCCCUCCCUCCUCUCUCACCCCUCCUCCCUCCCUCCUCCCUCACCCCUCCUCCCUCCCCUCCUCUCUCACCCCUCCUCCCUCCCUCCUCUCUCACCCCUCCUCCCUCCCUCCUCCCUCACCCCUCCUCCCUCACCCCUCACCCCUCCUCCUUCACCCCUCCUCCCUUACCCCUCCUCCCUCACCCCUCCCCCUCCCUCACCGACCCUCUCCUUCUCCUUCUAUGACCAAUUCCUUGUCUUUGAUCUCAGCAGCACCCACUCCAGUCCUUAUCAGUGUCGUCCGCAGCGGAAAGUCUCCCCGUCCUUCGCACAGAUCGAUGGGCAGCAAACAUCCACGUUUCCUCUGAGAGAAAGUGCAUCGAGGAGCGGCGUCCUGAGCCGCGAGCACGAAGACCCAACAAAUGACUCUCAUCAUCGUAAACUUUCCCAUUUGCUCCACGACCUCAGCUCAGAGCUCGCCCUGGUCCACGACCUCAGCUCAGAGCUCGCCCUGGUCCCCGACCUCAGCUCAGAGCUCGCCCUGGUCCACGACCUCAGCUCUCAGAGCUCGCCCUGGUCCACGACCUCAGCUCAGAGCUCGCCCUGGUCCACGACCUCAGCUCUCAGAGCUCGCCCUGGUCCACGACCUCAGCUCUCAGAGCUCGCCCUGGUCCACAACCUCAGCUCUCAGAGCUCGCCCUGGUCCACAACCUCAGCUCUCAGAGCUCGCCCUGGUCCACGACCUCAGCUCUCAGAGCUCGCCCUGGUCCACGACCUCAGCUCAGAGCUCGCCCUGGUCCACGACCUCAGCUCUCAGAGCUCGCCCUGGUCCACGACCUCAGCUCUCAGAGCUCGCCCUGGUCCACGACCUCAGCUCUCAGAGCUCGCCCUGGUCCACGACCUCAGCUCUCAGAGCUCGCCCUGGUCCACGACCUCAGCUCUCAGAGCUCGCCCUGGUCCACGACCUCAGCUCUCAGAGCUCGCCCUGGUCCACGACCUCAGCUCUCAGAGCUCGCCCUGGUCCACGACCUCAGCUCUCAGAGCUCGAGCUCUCAGAGCUCGCCCUGGUCCACGACCUCAGCUCAGAGCUCGCCCUGGUCCCUGA